AUGAGGCAAAGUCACACCUUCACUGACUCUGCCACAGGCGAUAGGAUAUUGCGAGAGAAACAGUUUUUGUUGUCAGCAGAACGAGGUGAUAUUGGAAGUGUUCGUAAAUUGCUCGAUUUCGCUAGGAAAACAGACGCUCUGAAUAUAAACUGUCUUGAUCCACUUGGCAGAUCCGCUCUACAUAUAGCCGUCGAGAAUGAGAAUAUUGAAAUGAUCGAAUUGUUACUCGAUCAUAAUAUUGAGACUGGUGAUGCGAUAUUGUACGCAAUCGGUGAAGAGAACGUCGAAGCGGUCGAGAUUAUUUUGGAGCAUCUCGAGAAGAUCGAAAAGUUUAAUCCUGAGACGCAAGGAGUGGAAAUAAACGAGCAUUCAGCCUUCACGCCUGAUAUCACACCAAUCAUUCUGGCUGCACAUAAAGAUAAUUACGAGUGCAUAAAAUUAUUUCUUGAUAAAAAAGCAACAAUACCUCAUCCUCAUGAUGUGAGAUGCUCUUGUAAGGAUUGUCUCAACGCGAAAGCUGAAGACUCACUACGUCUAUCACGAUCUCGGAUCAACGCCUAUCGUGCCCUGGCAAGUCCAUCGUUGAUUUGUCUUUCGACUAAGGAUCCAAUCUUGUAUGCAUUUGAACUCAGUUACGAACUUCGGCGAUUAUCUUAUAUCGAGAAUGAGUUCAGGAGUGAGUACCAGGAAUUGAGUCAGUUAUGUCAAAAAUUCUCGGUGAAUAUGCUCGAUCAAGUGCGCGGUUCAAAGGAACUUGAGAUUGUUUUGAAUCAUACAACAAAUGCAUGGGAAGAAGUCACACAGCACAAGUCACUGCAUCUCUGUCAUCAGCUGGCUCGACUUAAACUAGCUGUUCAGCUGAGGCAAAAAAGAUUUGUGGCGCAUCCAAAUUGUCAGCAGCUUCUCGCGUCGAUCUUCUAUGAAGGUGUUCCAGGGUUCCGUAAUCGACACUUUCUCUUUAAGGUGCUUUUGAUAUUGUGUGUAUCAGUUUCGUUCCCAAUUCUUUCAAUCGUCUAUUUGAUUGCUCCGAAGUCGUCAAUUGCUGAAAUAACACGCAAACCGUUCAUCAAAUUCCUUUGCCAUUCUGCCUCGUAUUGCUUCUUUUUAUUUUUGCUUAUCCUGGCCAGUCAACGUAUUAAUUAUGAUAAUGUGUUGAACAGUGCGUCGGUAUCCGCUAAUUUUGGUGAGUUAGAUCCUGACAGAAAGGAAAGGCGCGGUCCACCACCUACGCCUGUUGAAUGGGCCAUUCUUGCAUGGGUUAUCGGGUUGAUAUGGGUGGAAAUAAAACAACUGUGGGAUGCGGGUCUGUAUGAUUACUGUUAUAAUUUGUGGAAUAUCCUUGACUUCAUCACCAAUUCCCUCUAUUUGUGCACUUUUGCUUUAAGAUGUGUUGCUUAUUAUCAAGUUGAAGCCGAAAUGCGUGAUCCACUGAAACAGCAUAUUGGUCGGCGCUUACAAAGACGCGAUUGGGAUGCAUGGGAUCCUACGUUGAUUUCUGAAUGCGUUUUUGCCACUGCGAAUAUAUUCUCGUCUCUGAAACUUGAAUGUGAACAAUAUAAAAUAAUGAGUAACGAUCCAUAUCUGAGUGAGCAUCCAACAAAACAAAUGAAAAUCUUCGAAGAAUCGUGUGAUCCGAAAUAUCGAUCAUGUGCCAGCCUUUAUAAAUCUAUGGAAACGUUAUUUUGGUCAUCGUUCGGUUUGAUUGGACUCGAAAAUCUGGACAUUGUUGAACCACAUGGUCCCACGCAGUGGACUGGUAGAACAAUAUUCGGCAGUUAUUGUUGCUGUUCAAGUAUUGUCCUUCUUAAUAUGCUUAUUGCGAUGAUGAGUAACUCUUACGAGAAUAUUCAUAAUCAAGCCGAUGUGGAAUGGAAAUUCGCACGAAGUAAGCUGUGGAUAGAAUACUUCGAUGAUACAGGAACACUACCACCUCCGUUCAAUAUGAUUCCAAGUCCGAAGAGUUUCUAUUAUGGUAUACGAUGGUUAUGUGACAGAUUUUGCCAUUUUUCAAGGAGGAUUCAGCAAGGAAAACAACGGAGCAUGAGGUUUGUGAUGCGUAAUCUCAUCAAGCGGUAUAUCGCGCAGAUGCAACGAUGUAAGCAGCAACGGGAAGGUGUUAAUGAAGACGAUGUGAACGAGAUUAAACAGGACAUUAGUGCCUUUCGAUAUGAACUUCUGGGAAUUUUGCGAAGUGCCGGUUUCAAUACCGGUCAUGCAGAUAUUAACCAAAAAUCAUUUUCUCGUAAUAAGAAAAGAACCGCGAUGGCUGAAAGAAGGUUAAAGAAAGGAUUACCAGAUGCGUUCAAUAUACCAAUGCCCGAGAGUUUCAAUAGUCCAAACGAUAGUCGAAUGGGCAAUAUGUCAUCAUUUUUUGAUUCAGAGUCAGAAAUAUUCUUUAUUGCAAUAUUACCCUAA